AUGAAAUUUACGGAUGAAGACAAAAUUCUAGAAGAAGCGAGAGAAGAAAUCUCGGUGGAUCAAGAACUGACAGAACUUCGAAAUGAAGCCUCUUUUCUUCGCAAAGAAAACUUCGAAUUGAAGGAGAAAACGAGAGAGCUGGAGGAGACGAUCAGAGAUCUUCGUAGAAACAUGGCGAUGAUGCAAGUGACGGACGAGGAAAUCGAAGAAAUCCGCGAAGAAAUGAACGAGGAAAUCAAGGAAGACUUCUCCGUCCAAGAAUCCAUGCCGAAAAGAUGGGUUGCUUUUGGGCCAACUAGCUACUCUCAAAUGCGAAACGGGGCAAAGAUCAAGUUCACCCGAGGAAAAGACAUCCUCACUGGUUUCGUCUGCUGGGUCGGGGAAACGCCAAAAGGCUCGAAAAUCAUGCGAAUCGGGGCUGAAACUGAAGAGCCUCUUGCUAACCCAGACGACUGUGGAGACUUGUGGGAAGGAGACAAGACGAAGCAGGUGCUUCUUGCUCUGGACAAAAUCAUCGUCGCCUGGGACUGGGAAACCAUCUUGCCCAAGUUGUAG